GCGGCGGAAUGUCAGUGGGCGGGGCUUCGCUCAGCAGCGGCGCGCGGAGUGUCACUGACAAACGUUCAACGCAGCCCGUAUCUAAAAUAAACGAGCGCUUAUGAUAUGGACGAGCAGCAGAGGUUUUAAUCGUUUCUGGUGCUGAAGAGGAUGGGAGCAGUGAGAGGUCACUGGAGGAGAUGUCAUUCGGUCGACUCUUGCGACGUGCAUCCUCCAAAGCAUCUGAUCUUUUGACGUUUAACGUGGGCACGGGGGGUUCACGGACCGUGCUGGACGGAGAGGUCAUCUACUCCAAAAACAAUGUGUGUGUGCAUCCGGCCGAACCACUGCCCGGACUGCCUGAGCAUCACCCAGGUUACUUGUGCGUGCACCUGGAGAAAGAUGAGACUCUCGGCUCCACCCUCAUCCUCACAUGGGUGCCCAAUUCCCGCAUCCAACGGCAGGACGAAGAGGCGCUCCGCUACAUCACGCCCGAAAGCUCGCCCGUCCGCCGCAACCCCCGCCGCCGAGCCCACCGGGGUCACUCUCGCCCCCCACCCGCUCCCGAGGAAGACGAGGAAGAAGAUGGGGUGGAGAUUCCCAACCAGCAGCUAUCGGAGGAAGGCGACGAAGGCUCCUGCGAUCUCUCCGCGGAUGAGGUGAGUCGAGACAGCACUCUGGGAUCCGACUCGGACACCUUCUCAUCGCCCUUCUGCCUGUCACCCGUCAGCGAGGCUCUGGGCGAGAGCAGCUGCUCCGUCUUUCUGGAUAAUGAAAGCAGAGAAUGUGAUGAACCCAUGGCUCACUCUGCAAGCUCCGCCUCCAGCCUGGACAGUCACGCCCCUUCCGAGAGCAGCCAAUCCCAGGGCGUUCGGUGGGAGGAGCAGCAGAAAGUGAUGGCUUUAGAGCACCUAUGUGGGGUUUUCAGGGUCGACUUGGGUCAUAUGAGGUCAUUGCGUCUGUUCUUCAGCGAUGAAGCGUGCACCUGCGGACAGCUGGUCAUCGCCAGCAGAGAGAGCCAGUACAAGAUCCUUCACUUCCAUCACGCAGGACUGGACAAACUGGCCGAGGUGUUUCAGCAGUGGAAGUGCUGUAGGGAGACGCAGCUUAAAGAUCAGGUGUCAGAUGAGAAGUCCUGCAUGCAGUUCUCCAUCCGCAGACCCACUUUACCCUCCACCGAGAUGCAUCCAGAGGAGCGAAUGUACCGCCGGCUGGACGUCAGCUCUUGGCUCCGUCAUCUUAACAACAGUGGCCAAGUGCUGGAGGAGUACAAGCUCAGGAAGGCGAUUUUCUUCGGAGGCAUUGACCCAUCGAUCCGUGGCGAGGUUUGGCCCUUUCUGCUUCACUACUACAGCUAUGACUCCUCAUCUGAGGAGCGUGAAGCAUGGAGGCUUGAGAAGCGCGUGGAGUACCAGGAGAUCCAGCAGAGAAGGUUGUCCAUGAGUCCAGAGGAACACAGCGAGUUUUGGAGAAAGGUUCAGUUCACGGUCGAUAAGGAUGUUGUAAGAACUGAUCGAAGCAACAUGUUUUUCAGGGGCGAGAACAACCCUAAUGUAGAAAUCAUGAGACGAAUCCUGUUGAAUUAUGCGGUGUUGAACCCGGACAUGGGCUACUGUCAGGGUAUGUCAGAUCUGGUAGCCCCCCUUCUGACGGAGGUCCAGGACGAGAGCGACACGUUUUGGUGCUUCGUGGGUCUCAUGGAGAACACAAUCUUCAUCAGUUCUCCUAGAGAUGAAGAUAUGGAAAGACAGCUGAUGUAUCUGAGGGAGCUGUUACGGCUGAUGCUACCACGGUUUCACCAGCAUCUGACCCGUCUGGGUGAAGAUGGACUUCAGUUGUUGUUCUGUCAUCGCUGGGUUCUUCUCUGUUUCAAGCGCGAGUUCCCCGAUGCAGAAGCUCUGCGCAUGUGGGAGGCCUGCUGGGCUCACUAUCAGACGGACUAUUUCCAUCUGUUCCUCUGCGUUGCCAUCAUUGUGCUGUACGGUGAUGAUGUCACGGAGCAACAGCUCGCUACGGAUCAGAUGUUGCUGCACUUUAGUAACCUCUCCAUGCACAUGAAUGGAGAUCUGGUGCUGAGAAAGGCCCGUAGUUUGCUCUACCAAUUCCGCCUUCUUCCCAGAAUUCCCUGCAGCUUACACGACCUGUGUAAACUGUGUGGUCCGGGAAUGUGGGAUAGCCGCUACAUCCCUGCCGUCGAAUGUUCCGGAGAGCAUCCCGACUCUCAGAGCUGCCCCUACGGAGGUACCGCCUCAGCCGACAGCUCACCUUUGCCCAGCCCCAACCAGCCCAACGAGGGCAAAAGAAGCUCCAAAUCACGAGACAUCUUCACCUUCCGUAAGCACUCAUGACUCGAGCGAGACUCUGGAACUUCAUUACCCACAAUGCAUCAUUCAGAGCGCUGGAAUUUCAGGUUUUCAUUGCUUUCAGCAGCUCAACAUCUGGUGUCAAACACUGCCUUGACCUUAAAUACCUUUGGGAACAUAUGUUGACGGAUCCAAUGCAGUUCAGGGGCUUCUUUAUAAGCUCGUGAGGUGGAACAGAUUGGAUUAUGUCACGUUAUCAAUAAUUCACAGGUACAAUAAUCACAGACAAUCUUCAUUCAUCUUUCAUAAGGCCGAGUCUUGUGGACUGAUUUUUUUGUAAUAUAUACUACAGUAUGUAUGCAUGUGUUAAUGCUUGUGUGUGCAGAGUUGAAAGGUUUUUCAGGUUUAUUUUGGUCACAUUGCUGCUUGUUUUUGUUCAAAUUCUGAGCAAAACACAAAUAUGAAGGCUGUUCUUGUUCAAUCUGUUAUCAGGAGGUCUGUGAUUGAUCUCACAGCAUUAUUGUUUGACGUUAUCAUACCAUAUAUGCCUUUCAUAUCCUCACAAUAAAUA